GUCUCAGAACAAGAGAAGAAGGAAGCGAUCUACAGACAACUACAAACAGUAAUGGACAACGUCCCAAAUGGCGAUAUCAGAAUCCUGAUCGGUGAUAUGAAUGCGAAACUGGGAGGAGACAACAGAGGAAGAGAACUCACCAUGGGUCGAGAGGCCCUUGGCGAAAUGAACAACAACGGUGAACUCUUCUCAGACUUCUGCGGCUUCAAUGAUUUGGUGAUUGGUGGCAGUGUGUUCAAACACAAGGAUAUGCACAAGGCGACAUGGAUUUCACCAGAUGGACACACCGAAAACCAGAUGGACUUCAUUUCAAUUUCAAGAAAGUGGAGAUGGAGCCUACUGGACACAAGGUCGAGGAGAGGAGCAGAUGUGGGUUCAGACCACCAUCUAGUACAAGGGAUUUUCAAGGUAAAGCUAAAAGCCUCGAGGAUAGCUAGGGAUAAGUCACAAUGCAAGUUCAACACUCAAAAAGCGACGGACACAACCACAAAGGACACUUUCACUGCAAGAAACACUACGUGACAUCACUGAGGAAUCAUGCAUGGAAGACCAUUGGAACUCUCUGAAGGUGAUUUUCAACGAAACGUGUUCAACGGUUCUAGGAAGAAAGAAGAGACAAAACAAGGAAUGGCUCUCAAUGGACACUUGGAAGCUAAUAGAGGAGGUGAGAAUGGUGAAAGAAAAGAUGAUUCAAUGCAAGGACGGGCAAGAGAAAGAGACGCCAAGCUCAAGUUACACAGCACUGGACAAAGAAGUGAAAAAGAAUGCUAGGAAGGACAAAAGACAAUUCUACGACAAUCUGGCCACUGAAGCUGAGAAGGCAGCAGGCAAAAGGGACCUGAGGACAUUAUAUCAGAUAACCAAAUCUCUAUCCUGGAAGAGGUCAACAUAAUCGAAACCUAUAAAAGAAAGCCAAGGGAACCCAAUCACCAAGGAAGAAAAACAGAUUAAACAAUGAGCGGAUCACUUCAAAGGACUAU